AUCUGCACUCAGUCGAAUGCGUCCACUGAAGGAGUAGAUGUACAAUACCGUAGUUAUACAGUAGUUAUCGGAGUGGAUUCGAUUAAUUAUGGCUUAGAAGGGGUUUUGUUAAAAGAUGCAAGUAAUUUGGUCUCGUUAAAAGCUGAACCGCCCACCAUCUGGCGUUACCAGCUGCUUGUCUACUGUGAUAAUAAAAAAGGUUUCACUACCAGCCUAUAUUGGCGGAAGUUACGACGAGUUCAAUGCAGCAAUGAAAUCGAACUAAAGGAUACAUUCUGUAUCGGACCAGAGGAUCAGCCGAAACCAUUUGAUUUGACUGAAGUUUUCCAAGUCGCCGUCCAGCGGUCUUGGUCGUCUUGUACGGGGAUUGAUAGUGUUCUAUACGGAAAAGCAGACGCAUAUGCAAGUCAAUCUGGAGCAAUUCAUCAGUGUUACAAGGAACUAUAG